AUGCCGUGUGGUCAGUUUUUAUCGGAUUUUGAAAAGGGACGCAUCACGGCCCUCCACUUAUUAAAUUGGCCCAUUCGUCGCAUCGCCGUAGAAAUCGGAAGAAGCCGUACGGUUGUCAGCAACUAUAUAGCAAAUCCACGUGGCUAUGGAAGAGUUCUCUUUACUGGGCCUCCAAUAGCAGUUAGCGCUCGAGAAGAAAGGCUUAUAAUUCGAGCUGCAUCUAAUUCGACUACCAGCUCGUCUCAAAUUCAGAAGACUUUAAAGCUUGGAUGCUCAGCUCGCACAGUUCGAAGAGUGCUAGAACGAAGCGGAAAUAUUGUUAGAGCAAAAAUGACUCCGUGUCUAAAGCUCACAGUACUACACAAGCAGCAGCGCCUCGCAUUUGCCGAAGAGGAGCUCACGCAUCCGCUUGACUGGAACAGGAUUGUUUGGUCGGAUGAGAAGAAAUUCAAUCUGGACGGACCCGACGGUUUCACUUAUUAUUGGCAUGAUCUACGCAAGGAGCCUCGACAUUUCAGCAGGCGUAAUUUCGGCGGAGGCAAUGUAAUGGUAUGGGGCGCUUUCGAGUCAUCAGGAACCCUCCCUCUUGCAUUCAUUUCUCAUAAAAUGAACAGUUCGGAGUAUGUAGAGAUGUUAGGUAGUCAUCUGGUCCCGUACUGGCAGGAAGGAUACGUUUUUAUGCAAGACAAUGCCUCGGUUCAUAGGUGUGGUGCAACCCCACAGUACUUGCAUGGGAAUAAUAUACAACUUCUUGAUUGGCCAGCUUGA